AUGUCAUUAACAAACUCGAAUAAAACUAUUAACACACUCUACAAGGAAAGCACACGUCAUGGCAGUAACCCGUUGAUCACAGGUCAUUCGAGUGCCUCUAUUAUGAGUGGGAGUGCGGACAGUGGUUCUAAUGACGGCAAUCGGUUUACAUCAAUUAGUAUGAGAGAGAGUCUAAGUAGCAAUCUGAGUGGUAAAGUAAUAAGGGAUUCUCUUAGUACGCAGGAUGUCACAGAUGAAAGAGAGACGGAUGGGUUUGGGGGUGACAAUAACAGAUCAAAUGCGUUUGAACGAGACAUGCAGGAGGGAUUCACGAGCAAUAAUUUCGAUUUGAGUGAGAAUGUCGAGGCAGAAGAUCAAAGAGCUGGCCUGGUCGAUUCAGAAAAGGUAUGGAACAAAGCACAUUUUCAUUAA